GCUGUGCAGUCACUUGAAAAACACCAGUCAACGCGAACAGUUCCCCAGAUCGCUUCAAUCGGAAAACCCGUCAACUGAAACUCGACUGGAGACGGAGACCCACUUAUCAGAACAAAAACAAAAAACAGCUGACCGGAGGAGAGCAGCAAACAGCUCAGCUCAGCUCAGCGCGUGUGCGAAUAACAAGAAAAGAAACAAAAACGAGACAAACAUACAAACAAAAAAGCACGCAGCACGAGAUACACAAAAAGAAGCGUUAUUUCGGCAGCGGAAAAUUUUCAAAACGUCGAAACAAAGCCGAAUCGUAAUAGCCGAGAGCUUUUACGUCCAAAAGAAACAAACUUGAAAGUCAUCUACCCACAACGUGUUAGCCGGUCGAGAUGAGUGGUUCGGUUUUGAGCAUCGCGCGUCCUGCCGCCACAAAUGGUCACAGUUUGUUGGCCAAGCAGAUGAACUGCAACGGUAAUGGCACCACGGCUGGAGCGGCCAAGACCACUGUGGCCUCGGCCAUAACACCGCCCAAGCAACCCCAAUUGGCGGCCAAGGUCAUUCAGCAGUCGCAGAUCAUUUGCUUCGACGUCGAUUCGACGGUGAUUUGCGAGGAGGGAAUCGAUGAGCUGGCCGAGUACUGUGGCAAGGGUAGCGAGGUGGCACGUGUGACCAAGGAGGCGAUGGGCGGUGCCAUGACCUUCCAGGAUGCCCUCAAGAUACGCCUGAACAUCAUUCGGCCGACACAGCAGCAGGUCAGAGAUUUCAUCGCCGAGCGUCCCAGUACACUGACCAAAAAUGUGAAGCGCUUUGUUACCCACCUGAAGGCGGAGGGUAAACAGGUGUACUUGAUCUCCGGAGGAUUCGAUUGCCUGAUAGCUCCCGUAGCCACGGAACUGGGAAUCCCCCUCACCAAUGUGUAUGCCAACAAAAUGCUCUUCGAUUACCUGGGCAACUACGACAGCUUCGACAUCAGCCAGCCCACUUCGCGCUCCGGCGGCAAGGCCGAGGCCAUAUCGAUGAUCAAACAGAAGUACAAUGAGGACUCCUUGAUCACCAUGAUCGGAGAUGGAGCCACCGAUCUGGAGGCAGUGCCCCCAGCCAAUUAUUUCAUUGGAUUCGGCGGCAAUGUGGUCCGUCCGGAGGUCUAUCGACGGGCCCAGUAUUACGUAACGGACUUUGAGCAGCUCAUGGGACAAAAUGAAUAACCGGACUAAGCCCAGUAAUAGAAAUUAGGGGUGUGGGGGUGGUGAAUUUAGUAUUUGAAAUCAACGCUGUUAUAGCUGAUAGUGAUGCACCUGUUAUUUUGUCCAAUUCUGUGUGAAAAUGUAUGUAUGUACCGCGUAGUUCAUAGCAAAUUGCUAAAAAAAACAAUAAAAAGCAAUAGUACAAUUAUGGAGAACAA